AAAAAACUGGGUACUCCCUGAAAAAAAGAAAAUGUUGUGUCGUAAGAAUUGGAGUUGUGUGGAAACAGGAUCUGAACCAGUGUAUCUGAACGUGUAUGAUCUAACGCCAAUUAAUGGCUAUGCUUACUGGUUCGGACUUGGGGUUUAUCAUUCUGGUGUUCAGGUUCAUGGGGUUGAAUAUGCGUUUGGGGCUCACGAAUAUCCAACAACUGGGAUAUUUGAGGCAGAACCCAAACAGUGCGAUGGGUUCACCUUUAGGAAAUCAAUUUUGAUCGGGAAAACGGAGUUGGGUCCUGCGGAUGUGAGGGGAGUUAUGGAGGAUUUGGCCGAUGAAUUCAAAGGAAAUGCUUACAAUUUAAUCACCAAAAACUGUAACCAUUUCUGCAACGAUGUUUGCAUCAGGUUGACUUGA